GUCCUUUGCACUUUGAAUCACUCAGCAUGUCAAACGACCUUUCAUCGUCGUCGUCGUAUGACAUACCCUCCAUGAUCCCUGCGUCUCUUUUGUCCUCUUCCUCCUUAAAAGGUCGAUUUUCCAGCAUUGACACACGAUCGCCUGCGCACUCAUUCGCCAACCCUACGCCAAGUCAUAAUGAGACGGAAUACGAGCGUUACCAUAUCCCGGCGGACAAGAGAUAUGAGCAGCCACAAACACAACAUGAUGGAUACCAUCAAACGAAUUCAGUCCAAAAAACCAAUUACAAAAAUCAGCCAGUGCCAUAUAAAGACAAAAAUCGCAGUAAAUCUCUCCAGAUGACUGUGCGACCAAUAAGGGACGACGAAGACAAUAGUUCUAGCGACGAAGAUGAUGACAGCGACGACGAGAACCUCGAUGAUAGUGAAGAUGAGCUUCCUAUGAGUUUUGAGUACAUGCUGCGGCACCCACUUAAAUCGCAAGGUCAAGUUCAUGACAUGAUACACAAGCUUGAAAGGUUGCGCGGCCGAUACGAGCAAUACAAUCGAAAAGCAUCGAAUGCCGCCAAAAAUAUUCAAAAGACAUGCAGAACUUUAGAGAAAACCAUGCGAGUCAUGGCAGAACAUUUCUUUUCUGAUAGUCCUGAUCCAAGAUCUCGCGCAAAACCAUCAGCGAUCAAAGGAGAAUCAUCAGAAAAUGAAUCCGGUAGAUUACUUCAAGAACCUACAAACUCCAAGCGUAAACACAGCAGUAUAUCCAUUCAUCAGCCAUCGAUCAAUGAACAAUCCAAACGUCCCAAGGAAAUCCCUCCUUCGACACCAGUGGCUGUUACUAUUGAUAAUGUCAAACUUGCGUCUUCUGACAAACUGGAUUUACUUUUCCAAAUUGAUCAAAAGAAAGCUAAAGUGACAUAUAUGCGGAAGCCUCGCAGUUUGAUAUACAACACUGCACCUCAGGCGAAACACCUCAACCACCUGAUGGUUUCAUCUUGCUUAGGCGGUAGCGUCUACUUGUGGAAUAGUAAAAAACGUACCAUAGUGAAUACUAUCGACAAAUCUCGAUUGAAUAUCGAAACAUGGGCAGAGGAUUUAUGCUGGGUAACUCCUGAUACUCUUGCCGUCCCGGUUGCUCACAAAGAUGGAAUUCAUCAUUCACAGUCACAAAUGCUCUUGAUGAAUCUGAAGGAUGAUAUAGAGUAUAAUACUGAUGUACAGUCACUUGCACCGAGGCCACAUCUGAAAGGUGUAACGGCCAUUGGAAGUAUAAAGUACAGUGAGGACAGUGAUGGACAAGUGUCCUCAAUGUUCGUGACUGGAGGAAAUGAUCACGGUUUGAUGCUUUGGGAAAUCAACAAAGCUUCCGCCGCCAGUCAAUACCAACAUCCAAGCGUUACCCCUAUUAAUAGCAGACAUACUUCAAAGGUCUUAUCACUCCAUUACCAUGAUUUAUCGCAGACUUUGUAUUCUGGCGGAGCCGAUUGCAAACUGACAUGGUAUAACCUUGCAUUGGGUAAUUCUGGUAGCGAAUUUAAGAUCGGCGAACGCAUUAAUCAUAUACUUAGCAAUCCGGUCAACCCCCACUUACUAAUGUUAUGCAUGGCGACAAGAACAAAUCAAUUCCGCUUAUACGAUCUACGCGUUCCCCAAGACAGCGGACUGGACCUGAUGUUUGGGUGCACGGAGCCGGAUAAUGUGUCGAGAUAUCUGCGACCAGACUGGAAGCCCGAUAGCUGGACGGUAGCGAGCGGCAACAUGCAGGAUCAUAAAAUCCAUAUAUGGGACCUCCGAUACAAAGAUGUCGCCAAAGGCGGGCCUUCUUACAGCUGGGACGGACACAGCAAUAAAGUACUGCGGACUCUCUUCAUCCCCGGAAAUACCAUGGUCAGUAUCGGAACCGAUAAGAACACAGUGUUUACCGACUAUCAACUGCAGAGCAACGGAAAGGUUUCUACACGGAAAUAAGAUGAAGCGUAACACAUAAAAGAACUGUAAAUG